CGUCGUCUGCAGGCGGGAUGUACAUGGCUUUCUCUCCCUCUCCCUCGGCUCCUCACUCUCCUCAUCUUCCUGGUCUUCGCUCCCCGUCCUCUGUAUCUGCGGCUGCGGCUGCUCUACUCGAGCAAGAGAAGUAUCUGUCUGAGUUAUUGGCAGAGCGACAGAAACUUGGUCCAUUUCUGCCUGUGCUGCCUAUUAGUUAUCGCUUGCUGAACCAAGAUGUCAAGUUUAUUACAAUCCUCACCAGCACAAAAUUGGCUAAGUUCCCAAGGUAGUUCAUCAGGUCUUAUUGUGAAGAGAACCAUCAGAGUGGACGUUCCUGUUGACAACUAUCCCAAUUAUAACUUUGUUGGCCGCCUCCUUGGACCUAGGGGAAACUCUCUCAAGCGAGUGGAGGCAAGUACUGAUUGUCGAGUUUUGAUUAGAGGGCGUGGUAGCAUUAAGGAUCCAGCUAGGGAAGAAAUGAUGAGAGGAAAACCGGGUUAUGAGCAUUUGAACGAGCCUCUCCACAUACUAGUUGAGGCAGAGUUGCCAGUUGAAAUUAUUGAUGCUCGCCUUAUGCAAGCCCGUGAGAUUCUUGAGGACUUGCUCAAACCAAUGGAUGAAUCUCACGAUUUCUACAAGAAGCAACAGCUACGAGAGCUAGCUAUGCUUAAUGGCACACUUCGUGAGGAGGGUUCGCCCAUGUCCAGUUCCGUGUCUCCCUUCCACAAUAGCCUCGGAAUGAAGAGAGCCAAAACUAGGGGGUAAAUAAACUGCUCCUUUAUAGAAAAGGCUUUUGGAGAUUGUUUUCUAGUGUCUGGGAGUAAUCAGCAGUCCCAUUCCAAGGUAUUGCCUGCAGCCAAUGCCUUCAACUGCAAUCGGGGCACUCGCACGCUUACGUGCAGGUUCUUACUAAAAUUUAUAUGGUGUGUUUAUGUAAUAUUUGGAAAGAGAAGAUAAUGUACUGACAUGGAAAUGUCAAGCAGUUAAGAAUUAUUAGCGAGUGGGGGGGCUUGCUUAUAUAUAUAUAUAUAUAUAUAUUUGUUGCUUUAGGAGUCAAUGGUUUGAAAAAUCUCUCCAACAAUUUCAUGUGUGUUGUUUACUAGGCUUUUUUUUAAUAAGGUUAUUAUGGAAGUUCUGAAUAUUUUGUAGGGUGGUGGGUUCUUUUGGGACUUUAGAAAGACAAAAGGCUAAGGCUUGUAAGGCAAUGUGAUGCACAGGAAACAUUGGUUUAUUAAGUUUGUCUUUUGUUUCAGUUCGUGUGCUUUGUAAUAGGCGUAGUAGCAUUACCCCCCGCCCCGAAAAACAUUCUUUAUUAUUUUUUUAUUUCUUUCUUUCUUAUAUGGUCUAGAGAUUGAAAAGCUUUGUCUAUUUGCCUUCUAAGAUCUGUAUCAUUAUUAAUUUUGUUCU